AUGCCCGACCCACUAAACAAACUGCGUCGAUUCAUCGCCGGGGAAAAAGACCCCCAACCAACCGUGAUGCCCGGCACAGUGCAACAAAAGGACCGGGACCGCUGCAAGCAGCUAACUGAAGAUGGGCUCGAAUUCGAAAAAGACUCGUGCUUCCGAGUCAUCAUGUACACCACCAUUCCGGACCGCGACAUGGAGAACCCAUGCAAGAUGGCGUCGGGGCUGCAGGCGAAAAUGAUCCAAGGGUCCUGGGGCCAUAAGGAAGAGGCGAUGAUGCGUCCUGGCUGGCAAUGCCUGAAAAUCACGUUUGACCUUCGAGCUCUGGACCAUUACGAUACGAAUUCUGCUAAGAUCUGUCUGGCUCUGUGGCGGCUUUUUGGGGAGUGCCAUAUGCAGUGCUUGAGAGAAGAGUCGAAUGAUUGGGAGGAAGACAGGACUGUUUCCAAGAGCAUUAAGGGCCGCACGAGGGUUGUUGUGCGGGUUGAGAAAUGGUCGGAAAAGUCGGGAUUUCAUCUCAGAUUCAGGCGUCCUGAGUAA